CGCUGAAUUCCAACAAUAGUCUCACUACAAAAGAAUAGCAACCAUGGGUGGCGCAAACCGUGAAGGUAGUUUUUGAUGUUCAUUCCACGGCCGCAACGCGCAACUGACAAUCGGCUCAUAGGUGGCAAGGCCAAGCCUUUGAAGGCCCCGAAGAAGCAGGCCCGCGAUCUCGACGAGGAAGACAAAGCCUUCCUCGAGAGGAAGAAAGCCGGUACGCAAAAUGACCUUUUUACGAGCAUGUUACCCUUAAGGACUGCGAAUGCAGACUGACAUCCCC